AAAUGUCAUUUAGAUUGGAUACUUGGAGCUUGCAACAAUUUGCAAUUUUCAUUACUCUUUGUUAAGCAAUUAAGAAGUUUAAUUAUUUCCUUUAAAAAACUGCAUAAAAAACUAUUAUACUUUGCUACUGCAUUAUCGAGUGAAAUUGAGAAUAAAAACAAAAGCAAAAACACAUUUAGCACAACAAAAGUUUUACAUACACACACACUCAAGAAAAGAAUUAUCGAAUGAUGAACUAUGAUGGCUUAUUAUCACAGUUAACAACUGAAGACAAACUGAGUCUGUUUCAAGGGGCCGCUGUAAACUCGGGCACUGUUCCUCCCCCCACAGCUAAUAUCAUACAAGUGGAGGAGGGGGCAAUAGAGGAAGAGCAAGCAGCCACAAUUCAAUGCGUUCCAAGGCCUGCGACGACGACAGCGACAUUGACCAGCAACAACACUAACCCCAAAUCAGAACAAACAUCGACACCCUCACGAAAGAUUUCAACAUCGUCGCGUUUUUUAAAUGCUUUUCAACAGUUAUAUUCCACUUCAGCCAGUUCAUCGUGUGUCAGCAAUCCCAUAGAUAAUGAAGAAAGCGACGGAAAUCAAUUUUUAUCAACAUCUUCCGCCUCCGCAGGCAGGACACCAACCAAGGGCAUGGAAUCAAAAUUACUUUCUAUGUGGCACAAUGUUAAAUAUGGCUGGAGUGGCAAGCUUAAGUCCAACUUCUCUAAAGAGCAGCCAGUGUGGCUUUUGGGUCGAUGCUAUCAUCGCAAAUGUACGCCUCCUUCUUCAAUGGAAACUUCAUCGGAAUUGAACAUUGCGGCAGGUGGAGGAACUGCAAGUGAAAAUUCAAAUAUGGGCGUCUCAAAUGCAUAUGAUACCAUACAACAAGACAAUUCCCAGAGUGCUGCUGUGGUAACGCCCAAUAGUAAUACGACGACACUGUAUCCUAUAUUAAACCCACAGCAGGUUGAAGAAAUUGUAGUCCCACAAGAAUUGGCUUUGGAUGCAACCGACAAUCAGGUGGGAGAGAAUCCUUGGGAAGAGGGCAUAGAAGGAUUCAAGCGCGACUUUUAUAGUCGCAUUUGGAUGACGUACCGCAGAGAAUUUCCAACCAUGAAUGGCUCAAAUUAUACCUCAGAUUGCGGCUGGGGUUGUAUGUUGCGCAGUGGACAAAUGUUAUUGGCCCAGGCGCUAAUUUGCCAUUUUUUAGGACGCAGUUGGCGUUAUGAUCCAGAAUCUCAGCUACACUCAACACUCGAAGAUAAUAUGCAUAAAAAGAUUAUAAAAUGGUUUGGAGAUAGUUCUUCAAAAAGCAGUCCCUUUUCCAUACACACCCUGGUAAAGUUAGGCGAAGAAAUGGGCAAAAAGCCAGGGGAUUGGUAUGGACCAGCAUCUGUCUCCUAUUUAUUGAGACAAGCCCUAAAGAACGCAGCUCAGGAAAAUGCUGAUUUCGAUAAUCUAGUAAUUUAUGUGGCCAAGGACUGCACUAUUUAUAUGGGCGACAUUGAGGCCGAAUGCUCCAUUCCCGAACCCACACCGAAAUCUCAUGUGCCCUGGCGCAAAACUCAAACACCCAAAUCGAAUGAAGUCAAAUCAAAUUGGAAAUCUUUAAUUGUAUUGAUACCCUUACGUUUGGGAACGGAAAAACUUAAUCCCGUUUAUGCCCAUUGCCUAAAAUUGUUGCUAAGCACUGAAUAUUGCAUAGGCAUAAUAGGAGGAAGACCGAAACAUUCUUUAUACUUUGUAGGAUUUCAAGAGGACAAAUUAAUACAUUUGGAUCCCCAUUAUUGCCAAGAAAUGGUUGAUGUUAAUCAGGAAAAUUUCCCACUACAUUCAUUCCAUUGCAAAUCUCCAAGAAAAUUAAAAUCCAGCAAAAUGGAUCCCAGUUGCUGCAUAGGUUUCUAUUGUCAGACAAAAGUCGAUUUUGAUAAUUUUGUGGAGUCUGUGCAAUUGUAUUUACAUCCUAUGCGUUGUGCAUCGGGCUCAUUGGAAAAACAAAUACCUCCCUCUCAACAAAUGCCUUCUAGUUUGACCAACAGUUUUACAGAGUCAUCAACGACGUCAUCAUCUCAAUAUGCCGAAAUGAAUUAUCCAUUAUUUUCGUUUUCACGUGGACGCUGUUUACAGCACGAGACGAACGAAAUGAGCGACUCCUUAUAUAAACCUUUACAAAAACAACUUCAAUUGAUUAACAAUGACAUAAGUUCGCAGCAUUCAUCAUCAUCGCCGCUGACCAUUGAUGAUGAUAGUGAAACUGAAGAAUUUGUAUUGCUAUAAGUGAAAUGAGAAAAACACAAAGAAGACAAAAUCACAAUUUACAAUUUACUACAAGCGUUCACUACCUGUUGAUGCUGCUGCUGCUGCUGCGCUUCAAUACAAAACCAUAACAAAUAAUCAUGCCCCAUUACCAUAUACCAUUUACAUAUUCUUUGUUACCUUUAUGUAUCUCAAAAUUAAAGACUUAUUUUAUUUUCUAUAUACAUAUAUGCAUAGAUAUUCUUCGCCAUGUUGCGAUUUUCACAUCUGUUACAAAAUUUUUAAAGUUAUUGUGUUUUUUUAAAGCCUAUUGUUUUUUAAAGUGCAAAUCAGUUUAUUUUUUUGUAUUAUUAUUAUUAUAUAAAAUUUGUUAUCAUUUUUUCUCAUUCAUCUGUUGUGUGCGUAUGUGUGUUCGUGUAUGUGCUGUAUUUCUUAUCAAUUAAUGUUUAUUUAAUUUAUUUGUAGUUUAAGUUUACCCUAUUCUCUAGAGCCUCUGUAUGAGUGUUUAUUAUUUUUAUAGAUUAUUGAAAUAGAAUGAGUUCAUAAAUCUGCAUGUCAAUGUCAUUUGGGGCAUUUCAUGGGCAAAGAGUUUGAGUAAAACCAGUCUCUGCCUAUUCCCCUGCCGAAAAAGCAACUUAUUGACACCUUCAAAUAAACUUUGUAUGCAAGUUUAUCAAAUUAUGAUUCAAACAAUUUAUGUGUACCUUCUUAUCUUAUACUUAUCUUAUAUACAAUGACACAUCGCAGUUAUUUCAAGGCAUCAUUCGUUGUUGUCGAAUAUUGUAUUUUUAUCUAUUUUUUUUAUUUCCUAUUUUUAAGCCUUUUCUUUGCCAUUACUACAAAAUAAAAAUUCAUGUGUGAUUGAUUGUACACGUAUUAAUUAUAAAUAUGGACUUAUUGAAUGAAUAAAUAACGCAGUAGUCUCCCCUCAUAUGGGAAACGAGUUUUUAAA